CUUGGAACGACUCAGCGGAGAGUUUCCAAAUACAAGCCCCUAUCUUUCCGGACACGCGUGGCUUGAUGUCCGCUUUGCCGCGGCGUGUUAUUUCGCAAAUCAACGGGUGGUUUCUGUCAUGAUCACACAACACAGACGGCUUGAGUCACCGCACACCACGGCUCCGCACCAGCCUUUUCCCUCGUUGUGUCGACGUUUCGAACAGCAACAGCCAUGUCGACUGCAGAAAAGUCGGUCGAAGCCGGUGCGACGCCCGCAAUUGAGGAAUCUAACACGCUAGCCGAGGCCGAAACGAGCCUACCGGCACCUACUGAUGCCCCAGGAAAGGCACCGGUCGGUCUCAAGUGGAGGUGCUCUCCCGGCUUCAUUACGCUCGUCGUCGGCUUCGGGGUCGCGACAGAUCUCUUCGUGUAUUCCUCUAUUAUCCCUGUGAUUCCAUUCCAGCUCGAACGCCUGGGCUACUCGACAGGCGUUGCCUCGGAAUUGACGGGUUGGCUGCUCUUCGUCUUUUCUGGUGGAUUGGCCGCUUUCACCAUCCCGAUCGCCUGGGUCUCUGAACGCUAUGGCCUACGAAAAUCACCACUCAUCGUUGCCAUGCUUGUGCUCAUCGGGUCCCAAAUUAUGUUUAUGGAGGCACCGAUAUAUGCUGUGAUGUGCAUCGCUCGUGUGCUGCAAGGCUUUGCCUCGACAAUGGUUUGGGUCGUGGGAAUGGCUCUGCUCUGUGACAACGUUCCACCGGACAGCAUGGGAAAAUACAUCGGGAUGGCGAUGUCUGGAAUGUCCGCUGGCACGCUCGCCGGUCCACCGAUCGGUGGAGCCAUCUACACGCGGUUCGGAUUUCGAGGCCCGUUCAUUUUCGGAAUGGGCGUGGCUGUGCUAGAUCUCAUUGGCCGGAUCCUUGUCAUCGAGAGGAAAGAAGCGUUGCGCUGGGGCUAUGAUCCGCUCGCGGUCCAGGAGACAGCCGAUGAAGAAAAACAAGGGGAGCCUACCGCGACCCCGGACUCUGGUCCUGUCACGGCACCAUCGCUUCUGCAAGUAAUCACGAGGCUAUUCAAGUCCUCUCGAGCCGCAGUGAUCAUGGUCAUUUGCGUCCUUUAUGGAAUUAUUUACGCUGCCAUGGAGCCUACGCUUCCGCUUCAUUUGCAAGACAUAUGGGGCCUGAAUUCCUCGAAAGUCGGGCUGAUCUACCUGGGCAGUGCUGUGCCAUCUUUGCUCUCGUCGCCUCUGGCUGGAUGGCUUUCCGAUCGGCAAGGCGUGGAAUGGAUUUGUGCUCUCUGUCUCUCGCUUGGUUUCGUCUGGUACCUGGUCCUCAUCGUCCAGAAGAGCCUCGCGCUAUUCAUCGUCGCUUAUGUCCUCGAGAGCUUUUUCGUCGGUGGCACCCUUUCACCUGUCAUGACUGACUUGGCGAACAUAUCGCGGUCAAUCGAGGGCGUCGGAUUCGCACAUGUCUACGGCGCCUUCAACAUCAUGUUCUCGGCCGGGAGCACUGUGGGUCCUGUCCUCGGCGGACAAGUGAGCGGCUCUGAUGUUGAUGGCUCUGACACUGAUGGUUGCUGCUUAGAUUUACGCUCAUUCCCGGCAUGGCUGGAUGAUCACAAUUCUGGUUGGCGCUGGGAUUUUCCUUGUCUGCAUUUUACUCUCGGCGAUGUACAUGGGAGAAGAUCCUCUCUUCCAACGGCUGAAACGUAGAUUAUCGAGAACCCAAGUAGAUUAGAUUAGAUGUUGCUGCUGCUAUCAUCACAAUCACCGUCCGAAACACGGGCAUACAUCAC